ACUGAGUUGUGUAGUUGCUCCUGCUCUCUCCUCCUUUCCAGUGUAAGAUGGUGGUUUGUGUUGUAAGUUGGCAGUCAGCACCUUUACGUGCAGAGAGAAGAGGCCGGUUGUUUACUGAAGACAAAUGUUAAGUCCCGCAGCCUGCAGCUUUCUGUAGGGGAGUGACUGUUACUGUGACGCUGGACUUCUCCUCCAACAUCCUGGAGAGGAAUCCCACUCAGGCAGGUGUCUGCAGCUCCUCCCGUCCCUCUCCUGUGAAAGCUGUCCAGUCCAGUUAGAGUGGAAUCAUAGAAUGCUCCGAAGCCCCGAGGUGAAGGACGACCCGAUGGAGUGCCCGCUGUGCAUGGAACCGCUGGAGAUCGAUGACGUCAACUUCUUCCCCUGCACCUGUGGAUACCAGAUCUGCCGCUUCUGCUGGCAUCGAAUCAGGACGGACGAGAACGGUCUCUGUCCCGCCUGCAGAAAGCCUUACCCAGAAGACCCUGCAGUGUACAAGCCUCUGUCACACGAGGAGCUGCAGAGGAUAAAGAACGAAAAGAAGCAGAAACAGAACGAGAAGAAGCAGAAGAUCACAGAGAACAGGAAACAUCUGGCCAGCGUCCGCGUGGUCCAGAGAAACCUGGUGUUCGUAGUCGGGCUGUCUCAGAGGCUGGCUGACCCUGAGGUUUUAAAGAGGCCAGAAUAUUUUGGGAAGUUCGGGAAGAUUCACAAAGUGGUGAUCAACAACAGCACGUCGUACGCCGGUUCACAGGGACCCAGCGCCAGUGCCUAUGUCACAUAUAUAAGGUCUGAAGAUGCUCUCAGAGCAAUCCAGUGUGUCAACAACGUGGUGGUGGAUGGCAGAACACUGAAAGCUUCUUUAGGAACUACAAAAUACUGCAGUUACUUUUUAAAGAGCAUGCAGUGCCCCAAACCAGACUGCAUGUAUUUACACGAGCUGGGGGAUGAAGCUGCUAGUUUUACAAAAGAGGAGAUGCAGGCAGGAAAGCAUCAAGAGUACGAGCAGAAACUACAAGACCUCUACAAAAUCAACCCGACCUUUCUACAGACCUCAGCUGUGUCAGGGGACAAACCAAAGGGCAAAGCCAACUCGUUACACAUUCUACAGCCGUCAGGGAAAACCACCAACGGCCUGUCGUCAGACCACAGGAAGAGUCCACCGUUAGAUGGCUCCGACUCUGAACACUCCUCCCCUGAGGGCCCCAAACCUGACCUCAGCCUUGGCCCCAUACCGGACCUCUCUCCUUUCUCUUCAGACUGUGACGUUGCUAGCCCCAGCGACAAACUGCCAGAAAUGAUCAGUAUAGGCAACGGUGAAACCUCACAACUGCUCCCGGGCAGUGACUUCCCGUCGCCCCCUCCUGGCCUCAGCAAGCCCAGCCUGGUGGUUCCCGUCAGUGUCACAGGCCACACAGCUCACUCCCUUUUUGAGGUGGCUGCCGCAGAGUCCCAGUCUCUGUUCUCAGACAACAGUAACUUCAGACAUCCAAACCCUCUCCCCAGUGGACUGUGCAGUUUCCCCAGUUCCCCACACAGCAACUCCGACUGGCCCACUGCACCAGAACCACAGAGCCUCUUCACCUCAGAUACCAUCCCGGUGUCAUCAUCUACAGACUGGCAGGCAGCUUUCGGCUUCGGCUCAUCCAAGCAGCAGCAGGAGGACGAUCUGGGCUUUGACCCCUUCGACGUCACUCGCAGGGGUCUGGCUGACCUCAUAGAGAAGGAGCUCUGUGUUGAGGACAGCUUCAGCUCCUCCCUGACGCCCCCCAGCUUCCUCCCCCACAGAAACCACAAACAUCUGCUAAAUAAAGGCCUCGGACCCCCAGGAGGGCCCCCACCCUCCCACCACCUCCCUCACUCUCACCAUUUCUCCCAGAAUCAGCACCCUCACAGGGGAGGCUACAGCUUCCCCACUCACCUUAAUUCUUCAUCAUCAUCCUCAUCAUCACCGUCCUCAUCCUCCUGCUCCUCCACGGUCUUCUCCUCCCCUUCCUCCUCAGCGUUCCGUCAGUCCUGGACGGGCUCCACCUCCUCUCGCAGUAACUUUGUUCAUUUGAACCACACAGUCAGUCCAACAGCCUCAAACAGCAGCUUCUUGGACUUUACACUGCUGCCGGGACAUCACAGUUCUGGGCUGGGAGGAAUCCCCAUCACAGAAAACAGCAGUUGCGUAGAGAGUAUAAAUGUGAAGGAGUGGCAGGACGGCCUCAGAGCGCUGUUACCCAACAUCAACAUCAAUUUUGGAGGUCUGCCCAACUCCUCGUCUUCCUCCUCCUCGUCAUCAUCAUCCUCCUCCUCAUCCGGCGUCAACCACACAGGGGCACCAGGGAUUUCUGGGAGUGUUUCUCACAGCCUCCGUUGGGACGGCACAGCCAGCUGGAUGGACCCGGCCAUCAUCACAGGGAUCUCAGCCUCCAGCAGCAACAGUCUGGACUCUCUUCAAGACGACAAUCCUCCACACUGGCUGAAGUCCUUGCAGACGCUCACAGAAAUGGACGCCCCAUCCAGCUCAGCUUCACAGAAAGGCCCCUUAGGGAGCCAGCGCCCCCCCUACAGAGCCGUCUGGGCGCACUACCCAACCCCCACCAGCCAGUUCCACUCUCCACCGCCGGGCUUCCAGGCAGCCUUCAGACACCCAACACAGACCCAGGCGGACCUGCGACAGAGCGCCGCCAUUGACCGCCACUAGGGACUAUUAACACACACACACACACACACACACACACACACACACUAACACACACACAAACACACACAUACACGCAGCUUAAGAGUACAAAACUAUUAACAACUAAUCAGAUAAUAUAAAAUACUCUUGUGUUUCUUGUCUUGGUUUCUGAUUGGUUGCUGGAGUUGGUCAAGGCGAGCUACCUGAGCUGCACUGUCUGAAUGAAUCAUGACCACAGAGGUCUGCUGAGACAAAAACACAUUCACUCUGUUCAGAUCAGAAUCAGAAGCAGUUUCCAGAUUCUGAAAAGGUUUUUUGUCAUCACAAGGUCAGAUACAGCCAUCAUGUUGAAAAGGUGUGUUUGAGAGAUGCUGUGGAAUAAAAACGGCUGAUUUAUGCGACAUGUUAAAGCAGGUUGCAGCUGAAAAAAAAUCCGGGGAUGUGUCUCUGUAGCCCACUCCUCAUCUCUGUUUGAGGCUACAAGCUCAAGGCUGUCUUAGCUACCACUAGCAUAACACAUCCCAAAUGCCAGACACUGGGUUUUGCCAAAGAAGAAGAAUAUGUGGAGUAAAAAAAAGACUUUUCUUGUUCUGUUGCAUCAGUUUUGUGAGUGAGUUUAACAGUGUUAUAGGAGUUUAACAACACUAAAUCAGUGCAGUUCUCUUUUCAUACACAGGAUCACAGGAAUGUGUCGAGACAUUUGAAAAAAAGCAAAACCUUUUAUCUUUGAUAGAGGAGGUGACAUCCUGGUGUUCACCCAGAAGCAGUCUCCACCAGAGGGUGGGAUGUCGGGGUGUGUCUGCACACACACCAACUGUUCCCAAGUUGGUGUGUAUGGUCUUCAGGGUCGUAUAUGUUGGGCUACACACAGAUGGUCCUCACAGACAAGGGCAUAAAAGAAUGAUUUGUGCUGAAGGAAUACAAAGCUUUUAACACAGUGGUAAACAAUGCUUUGAGUAUGUUCCAUUGCCUUAAAGUUUUGCAAGGCAGAAACAGGAAGUGUGUAUCUGGGGAGCCCUGUACUACGGUGGCCCUUAGAGCUCAACGCACUGCAUCUUAAGAAAACACAUGCAAACAGACAAAACAUCUUCAUCAGUUUGACAACACCUGUGCUGCAAAUACUCACUAAAAACACUAAACAUUAGACACUAAAAAGUGAUGAACCUGCUGGGACACACUUGUUGUUCAAUGCAUUUAACUCCAAAACUAACAAAGCAAUGAAGAACAAUUGUGUCUCAGCAGGUUCAUCACUUUUUUCAAAGUUAUUUUUUGACUUAAUUCCAAUAGUGACAGAGGCCACAGGUUGGACUCAAACCUGGUACAUGAUCUACCAGGUGAGCCGGUUGUGUGUUUGGUUGCUUCGUGAGUAUUUGCAGCACACGUGUUGUCAAACUGAUGAAGGUGUUUUCUGAAGUUGUUUGUGUUCUGUCUGUUUGCAUGUGUUUAAGUUGCAGUGCGGUGCGCUCUCAGGGCCACCGCGCUGUGACCCCGCCCCCAGGAGAUCUGUUGGCCAACCCUCUUUAUCAAAGGGUUGAAAGUCGACAGACAUCUGCAUCAGGAUGUGAAGUGCCUCCGCUCAGAGUGGGUUUAGCUCACUGUCAGCUGUCUUCAGAGACCUUGCCCAUGGCGGCAGAUUUAUAUGACAGCUUAAGCCUCUACUGCAUGAGUGACGGGUCCCUGCACAUUUAAACCGUUUGAUUUCACCACUACGGAGAUAUCGGGGAAUGAAAAAAAUCACCCCUUUCAUUUUUUGUUUUGCCAACAGAAUAAAGAAAGAAGAAAGCAACUUAAAUCCUUCUUUUUUGGCUCAUAUUUAAAAACCAAGAUGUGUAGCUGUGAUCAAACAGUAUGUUCUGAUGACAGCAGAACCAGAAUACAACCUAAUGUCACUGUGAUUCACAGGCAGGAAACCAAAUUAAAAGCUGACUAUUUGAUUUUCCCAUGUGGGCGGGCCUCCCUACUAACGUGGCACUUCAUGUCACAAUAAAAAUAAUAUGUGGUAUUUUAUUUCUUUCAUGCAGGUUUUUGCUGCUUUAGAUAAAUACAGCUGAUAAAUAUUGAACAACCUGAGGCUCUGUUGAUGAGGGGGUGAAGCUUGUGCGGUCUGUAGGCGGUCUGUAGGGGCCCAUCAUGGUGGUGUUCAGUGCUCAGGCAGGUGAACAUCUUCAGCUAGAUGUUGCUGGUGGAUGCCAUUUUCAAUGAACACCGCAUUUAGUUGAUUAGUGUUACCAAUACCACACUGGUCCUACGGUAGUUGUUUAGGUUGGUUGCCAGGCCAACCUCAGCACACCUCAGGGGUAAGCUGAAUGGAGUUGGAGAGGAGACAGGGACUCAUGAACCCUGUUGCUGAUGAGUCAGUGUUGAGUGGACGAACCUUGUAGCCAACAUGGCGCACGCAGGUUUUUGCUAACUCACUAAGUUGUAUCUCCAGAACUUCAGUUCAGGUCACCAGAGAGGACAACUAUGCAGAUUGAUGUGGGUGUAGUCAAGUCAGGUCAACUUUAUCUCUUGAGCAUGUUUAAACACAGCUUGAGCUUAUCAAAGUGCUGCACAAAGGACAACUCAAAUAAAUAAAAGAAAGUAAAACACAAGGAAAGCAUAGUAAAUAUACUGUAUACAGAACAUAUAAACAUACUAACAAAAACAAGAAAAUAACAAGGAGCAAAUACACAAUUAUGAAUAGAACAAUGGACUAAAAGGUUAGUUAGAAAAUGUAUUUUUAGCUUCGAUUUAAAAAUGGAGAUGGAGGGAGCUCAUCUGAUUUCUAAUGGAAACUGUGUUCCAUGAUUUUGGAGCAGCAGCUGCGAAGGCUCUGUCGCUUUUUAGUUUCAGUCGUGAUCGGGGGACGUGCAAGAGGGAUGAGCUCAAUGAAUCAGGUCAAUGAAUGAGUCAAUGAAUGAGGUCUGUGAUGUGAGGUGGGGCCUCGACAUCACAGACUGAAUUCUGAAGUGGACAGGAAGCCAGUGAAGGGAGGCCAAGACUGGGGUGAUGUGCUUACACUUUUUAGUGCCAGUCAACAUCCCUGCAGCUUCAUUCUGGACCGAUUGUAAGCGAGAUGAUGCAGUCUAUCGAAGGCCUGAUUACAAAGAAUUACAAUAGUCUAGUGGAGUUGUGAUGAAGGCGUGGAUUACUUUCUCCUUAUCAUGGAAGGACAGAAUCAGUUUCAGUUUGGUUUGGUUCUUAACUGAUAGGAACUGUUUUCAACAACAGAGGUGAUGUGUUUAUCAAGGCAGAACUAAGUCAAGGAAUACACUACAGGUUUUUUGCAUGAGAUGUGGUCUAGCUUACUUGCAAGUUUGCCAUCCAGAUAUAGGUCCAAAGCAAAAAAUAACUAGGACUUCUUUUAGAUACACACACAUACAGGCAAAUAAUCAAUUAAAAUCAGUGAAAGGUUUUAUUGUAGCUUGUCAGAUGUGUUCAUCAGCUGCACAUCAGCUGCUCAGUAUGGACUACAGUGACCUCUGCAGAUUAAGAGGUGUGAAACCAUCUACAACUUAUGUUUACAUCGAAGCAAAACACCAGGAGAUAAGGUCUUCAUGUUGGGAUUUCGUCAAAGGCGACGUAGACAAGGAUAUGACCGUCUUACUUUCCCAUCAAGUAGCCAAACCAAACUCUUUGAUAUGACAUGGUGGUGCUCUACAGAGACACCUAGUGGUAACAAGUUUUUAGAGCAGUUCAGUUAGUAAGUGAAUGUAAUAUCUCUACGUUUAUAAUUAUAUGACCCACAUGUAGUAAUGUAUGUAAUGUAGCUUUGUGGAACAGAUGGAACAUGGUUUCCCUUGUUGCCACAUAGCUUCAGCCUGUUAUCAACAGCCCCCCACCCCAUUAUCUGUUAUUGAUUGUGGGAAACUCUCAUGAAUUAAACAGUUACAGAAGUAGAACUAGUGACAUUUUAGCAUUUUCUGUGUCUGUUUUUAUGCAUAUUAAGCAGAUUGUUCCCAUUCUCAUGGGCACGAUAUCUCAGUAACACCUUGACAUAACUUCCUCAAAUUUGGCACAAAUAUUCACUUGGACUCAAGGAUGAACUGAUUAGAUUUUGAUGGUUAAAGGUCAAGGUCACAGUGACCUCACAAAACACUUUUUAGCCAUUACCCAAGACUUCACACAGUAAUUAUGAGAAAAUCUUUACACAAUUGGUUGAUAUUUUCUAUGAUUCUGGAUAAACAGGGAUUUAAUCUGAAAGUAGUCUGAUUGGAGGAGGCAGACAACCAUGAGGAGGUGAUUCCAGUUUUGCAGUUGAUUCUUGGGGCAGUGUAUGCUGGGAUAGCACAGCUUCAGACCAACUCAAACCUUCAGUAACAUGAGGUGUACGUCAUGUACCCAUUAAUCAUCCAAAAGCUUCAAAUUUAAAUGGUUCUAAAUAGUAUCUGUUUAUAAAGUCAUGACAAGUUUCAUUGUUCAACAGUAUCUUUAAGAAUGAAGACACUGAUGCAGUGUAACAUGUUUUCACAAUGUUUAAACCUAUCUAAAACAAGGAGCCUUUCUAAAUCUGGAAUGUAAAAGAAACUAAUUAUUAAAUAAAAGAAAAAUGUAAAGUG